AUGAUCUCUAAAAGUGUUCAAACUCAGAAUGAUGAUCAACAAUAUAUUUAUGACGAAUUUGAGGCGGAGAACUUCGAGGUGGCUUCCGGUAUUAACUAUGAGUAUAUUUAUAUUAAAGCAAAUAAUAAUAAUAAUAAUAAUACAAAAGCGACCUUCUUAUUUCUUCAUGGUUUUCCAGAAUCGUUUCAUUCUUGGAAAUAUCAAGUUGAAUAUUUUGCACACCAAAACUUUGAUUGCCUGAUGCCAAAUUUAAUGGGCUACGGAAAGACCUAUUCACCGUUGGACAUGAAUGAGUACAAACUCAAAUCCAUGGUUAACCAUCUCGGUUCUCUACUUGAUUACUUAAAUCUAAACAAGGUCAUCGUUGUUGGGCACGAUUGGGGAACUCAAUUAGCAAAUAGAUUCGUGUUAUACUAUCCUCAACGAACAUUGGGUCUUGUGAUGAUCAAUGGUGGCUAUGGUGCACCAGCACUCUUUGAUCUUGAUUUAGCUAUCGAAUAUUCGAAGCAAGUGUAUGGUUAUGAAACACUUGGAUAUUGGAAAUUUUUUAUUGCUGAUGAUGCUGCUGAAAUUAUGGAGAACAAUGUGGAAAGUUUCACUGAUCUUGGUUUCGCAAAGGAUCCUCUACUUUGGAAAACAGAUUUGGCUCCGAUCGGAAAACUUCGCAAUUGGUUACUCAACGGAAACACUACAACAAGAGCUUCAUACAUGACAGACGAUGAUUAUAAAAAUUUUCGUCAGUAUAUUGUCGAAGGUAUGAAACAAAAAUUAAAUUGGUACAAAUCCCAAGUUGCCAAUAUUAAUUGGAAUGAUGAGAUGUCUCUCGAUCCAAUUAUUCAACGGCCUGUACUUUCUAUUGGCGGAACAAAGGACUACGUAGUGAUUGCUAGUACUGCUGCAGAACAAAAGCGUUAUAUUGCCGAUUUAGAUAUAAUCACGUUGGAAGCUGCUCAUUGGACCAUGAUCGAAAAAUCUGAUGAAGUCAAUCGGGCAAUGCAUAUUUGGACUAAGAGAAUUCUAUCAAUGUGA